ACAGAGUUAUAGGACGUGUGGAGGUAAUCGGAGCAUGAUAAACUCUGAGUCAGUCUACGGCUGACUCCCACAGCAGCCCAUCCUGUACAAACUGGGCAGCGAGAGGGGAUGCACACAGAGCAGAAAGCAGACUGCUGUCCCACCGGACAGAGAGGAGAGCAAGAAUGAAGGAACUUUCACUUCUUCUUUUAAUGUGUGCAGCUGCUUCUAACACUCUUCCCGUCCACCCAGAGAAAGACAACAAAGAAGAAGAUGCAAAGCUUGUACAGGACUAUUUAAGUAAAUUCUAUGCUGUUGAGACAGAUCCAAAUCAGCUUGGGUGGAAAAUCAGUGAUGAAUCUACAGCUGAAAAACUUCAGAAAAUGCAACAAUUUUUUGGUCUGAAAGUGACUGGAAAACCAGACACUGAGACAUUGGAAAUGAUGAAGAAACCCAGGUGUGGAGUUCCCGAUGUGGGUCUCUAUGGUGUUACUCUGCCAGGAUGGAAAAAAAACAAGCUGACAUACAGAAUUGUGAACUACACACCAGAUAUGAGCAAAGAAGAUGUGGAUAAAGCAAUCCAGCAGGCAUUUAAAGUGUGGAGCACUGUCACCCCACUGAUUUUCACUCGUAUUCAUGAGGGAGUAGCAGAUAUAAUGAUUGCUUUUGGGACCAAAGCUCAUGGACAUUGCCCUCGUUAUUUUGAUGGCCCCCUUGGCAUUCUCGCUCAUGCCUUUCCACCUGGCAAUGGUUUUGGUGGUGAUGUCCACUUCGAUGAAGAUGAAGAUUGGACCACAGGCUCAGCUGGGUUCAACUUGUUCCUCGUUGCUGCUCAUGAGAUUGGCCAUGCCCUGGGUCUCUCCCAUUCUAAUGAUCAGAGGGCUUUGAUGUUCCCCAAUUACGCCUAUGUCAGCCUCAGUGAAUUUCCCCUCUCUCCAGAUGACAUAAGUGGCAUUCAGUCUAUUUAUGGUUCUCCACCAAAUGCCCCAGAUAAAAGGCCAGCCAACCCUACCUCACCUAAAACCUGUGGCUCCCAGAUGACUUUCAAUGCUAUAACUACUCUCCGACGAGAAGUCAUUUUUCUAAAGGGCAGGCACUUAUGGCGAGUCUAUCCUGAUAACUCAGAAGUUGAACAAGAAUUAAUUUCUACCUUCUGGCCAACUCUGCCACCUGGUAUUGAAGCUGCGUAUGAGAACAUGAAAGAUCAGAUCCUGUUUUUCAAAGGCAAUAAAUUCUGGGUUAUCAGCGGGUAUCAAGUAUUGCAUGGUUAUCCGAAGAAUAUCUACACACUGGGCUUCCCUAAAGGUGUCAAGAAAAUUGAUGCAGCUGUUUGUAAUAAAAAUACAGGGAAGACAGACUUUUUCAUAGGUGACAAGUACUGGAGGUAUGAUGAAAACAGCCAGUCGAUGGAGAAGAGUUAUCCUAGGCAGACAGUUGAUGACUUUCCAGGAAUUAGCCAGAAGGUUGAUGCUGUUUUCCAACAGAAAGGAUUAUUCUACUUCUUCCAUGGAUCGAAGCAAUGGGAAUUUGACCCUAUCACUAAAAAAGUUAUCCGUGAAAUAGAGAGUAACAGUUGGUUUAACUGUUAAUAGCAUUUAACUUUCUUACACACAGCAAUUGAGAAUAAAAAGUCAUUCUAGAUUUCUCAAACGUUGUUCAUAUACAUGCUACUAAUACAGAAGAGGCUACAUGAUUAGUUUUCUUAUUUCUCUACUAUUUUAAGAAACCAGCAUGUCAGCGCUAGUUGUAUCUCCAAAAGAUAGAACAAAACUGUGUUUUUUCCCCUGAUUAAGUGCAAAAUGUCCAAUUUACUGUUUUAUACUCCAAGUAAAUUUUCAAAUAUUUUGGCAAUAAAUGGGUUUAGUUGGAUGUUAACUAUUUUCUGCUUCAUCUGUUGAAGGCAUUUUAUGUUUCUGAGGUGUGAAAGACUUCACAUUACUGUGUUAAUAACCUUCCAAUACAUGUUUGUAUUUUGCUUUUCUCUCCAAACAUCUUCAAGAGCCAGGCUUUUCCUUAAUCACUUGUUUUUCUGUCCUCUCUCCUACCACCUUAUCCUGCUCUUCUUUGACUUUCACAGUCUUGUCCCUUUCACAUCAUACCAUUAUUUUGCCAUAAAAAUCACCCUCCUGCGCCAGUGUCUAAACAGAUUAUCUCACUCAGCUCUGUCUUUCCAACACAACAGUUAGAUUAUUUCAUCAGCAGUCAUUUUUUGAGAAUCUAUGAAUGACAUCCUUCACAAAGCAGCCCCAUCUUAUUCAAGAAAUUCACCACUUGCGAUGUCAUGGAGCACAACAUUUACUCUGCUACUACAAAGCGUGUGCUUCAAGUGCAGAUAUAUCUGAGAUUUACUACAUGCUGCCACUGCACACAAAGCAACUGCCUCACAAAAUCAGGCAAAACCUGUAAAGUCCCAGACUAGCCAGCUUGCUUAGAGUAGUUAAUUUUCAGACAGCUAAAAUUUUGUGAAAUGUAUAAUGUCCUUUCUGGGUGUUUUUCAGUUUUUCGGUUUUUAUGUGAUCCAAAAUAAAAUGAUAUCCUACUUUUA